AUGUCAACGGUAAAGACAGAACAUCAACAGCUGCAGGAGCCAUUGGACCUUAUAAGAUUCCAACUAGACGAUUAUGUGGUGGUAAAGCUCAGGGGAGCACGAGAAUUGUACGGCAAGCUACAGGGUUAUGACAGUCAUUGUAACAUGGUGUUAAGUGAUGCAACAGAAACUAUAUACGGAGAUAGCCCCGAUACCAAACCGGUGAAGAAGAAAACGGAUAUGGUAUUUGUGAGAGGAGAUUCGGUGAUAUUAAUUAGUCCAGCUAUAGAAUAA